GUGGUAAAAAUUUCACUGUCUUGGGGCCCCUCUCAGAAAACCACUUCAGUGUCUCCUAGGCCACCCUCCCCCACCAACUACUCAUGUGCCAGAAAAGCUAGUAAUUCCAACUUGCAAAGUUAAGAAAAUUAAAUGAGAUGGUGGAUGUAAAUGUGCUUUGAAAAAAUUCCUGGUGUAGUGAGAUGGUGGUAGGUAGGUUCAAGGUUACUAGCAUAGACUUGGUGUCAGAAGCAGACAGUUAAGUCCAAACUUCCUCACUUCCUACUGGGUGAACUGGGGUCUUUCUGAGGCUGUUUCUUCCUCUUUGGAGUUGGGAUAGUGAUAGUCCUUGUCAUGUAGGGACUAAAUGAGGUGCUGAUGUCUGGAAGUUAGCACUGGGCUUUAGUCAUUAUCGGCUGUUUGAUAUAGACACCAUAGCUCAGAAGUUGUGGCCUGGGAUUUGUGUGGUUAGAGGGCAUUAUUACUAUGGGGAACUUUAUAGAAGGAAUGAAAUAGGUGCUUAACCAGGACAAAAGGAGGCUGGGGAACCAAAGGGUGGCAGAGGUAAUGUGGCCUAGGGAUUGAGAGCAAGCACUCUAGAUCCACACUGCUGGGUUCAGAUAGUGGCUCAGUGACUACCAUGUGACCUUGGGAAAAUUACCUAAUCUCCUUGGGCUUCAGAUUUCUCACAGUAAAAUGGAGAUUAUAGUAGUUCCUACCUAAUAAGGUUGUUGAGAGGAUGAAUGGGUUAAUAUGUAAAAGGCUCCUAUAAGUGCCUGGCAAAUAGUAAAUGCUUCGUAAAUGUGAGUUGCUUUGUUGUUAGUAUGUGAAGAGUUGUUAUGGCAAGGAAGUGGAAUUGAGUUUUUAUUGUGUUCUCAUAAAAGGAACUUGGAAACAGAUUUUACACUUUUUCAGCAACAUUCAGCAGUGAUUUAAUGUGCCCCUAUUAUGUCCUGGGGUCUUGGCAAUGUAGCAGUGAAUAAAACAAAGUCCCUGCUCAUGGAGCUUGCAUUCCAGUGGGAUCCUUUUAGAGUAAUGUACCAGCAGAUCCUGAACCUCCCUAUUGGAGGGAGAUUCAGCUUGCAGGGACCUUCCACCUAGCUUGUUGACUUCAUGGAAUUCAGUGGCUCAUCAUUAGCCUCUAGGAAGCUUUGCUGGCUAAAACCAAGGCCAGUUCAGGUCAGCACCUCAUCUGUGGGUACUUUCCCAAAGAGGGUGAAAAUUGUGGAAGUUGGUCCCCGAGAUGGACUACAAAAUGAAAAGAAUAUCAUACCUACUCCGACAAAAAUCAAGCUGAUAGACAUGCUUUCUGAAACAGGACUCCCCGUAAUAGAAGUCACCAGCUUCGUGUCUCCCAAAUGGGUUCCCCAGAUGGCUGACCACACUGAAGUCUUGAAGGGCAUCCAGAAAUUUCCUGGCGUCAACUACCCAGUCCUGACACCAAAUCUCAGAGCCUUCCAGACAGCGGUUGCUGCUGGAGCCAAGGAAGUGGCGGUCUUUGUAGCUGCCUCUGAGCUCUUCACCAAGAAGAACGUCAACUGCUCCGUAGAUGAGAGUUUCCAGCGGUCUGACGAAAUCUUGAAGGCAGCUCGGGUAGCCGGUAUCCCUGUGCGGGGGUAUGUCUCCUGUGUGCUUGGAUGCCCCUACGAAGGGAAGAUCUCCCCAGCCAAAGUAGCCAAGGUCACCAAGAAGAUGUACUCGAUGGGCUGCUACGAGAUCUCCCUGGGAGACACCAUUGGCGUGGGCACUCCCGGGCUCAUGAAGGCCAUGCUGUCUGCUGUCAUGCAGGAGGUGCCAGUGUCUGCCCUGGCCGUCCAUUGCCAUGACACCUACGGCCAGGCACUGGCCAACACCUUGAUGGCCCUGCAGAUGGGAGUGAGUGUCGUGGACUCUUCUGUAGCAGGACUUGGAGGCUGUCCUUUUGCACAGGGGGCGUCAGGAAACUUGGCCACAGAGGACCUGGUCUACAUGCUGGAGGGCAUGGGCAUUGACACGGGUGUGAACCUCCAGAAGCUCUUGGAAGCUGGGGCCUUUAUCUGUCAAGCCCUGAACAAAAAACCCAGCUCCAGAGUGGCUCAGGCUUCCUGUAAACUGUGAGCCCCUUGCCCCCUGAAGCCUUGGGGAUUGCAUGGGAAUAGGGACACAUGUGGAUGAUUCACGGAUGAGCACAUGGAAGUGGGAAUGAAAUGAACAGGUGCAGGCACCUCACCGCCAGCUCUGCCCAGUGGUCUCUCCUGGGGAAAGGAGGCAGAUGGGCGCUGCCUGGCCUCAGGCCCUCCCUGUCCAACCUGAGUGUGAAUGAGAGGCUUGGGCAGCUGGAAGUCUCCCUCCUGUACGGACCCAAAGGUCCAGGAGCUGAAUACCUGUGGGCAUUUGGGAACCCAAUUCUUGGGCUUGGGUUGAUCCUUAAGUCUCAUCUCUGGGUGAAACCUGCCAGUUAGCCACUCUCCUCAGCACAAUGCUGCCAUAUCCUUGGGGCCAUCGCUCUCUGUAUAGGGCAAAGGGGCAUGGAGGAGUUUUUUCCUCAGCUGGCAGAGGGCAUUUGGUGAAGGUGUGAGGGAGCAGUGGUAGCUACCUGCCAACUCCAGCAACUCUGGAAAAUCUCCACUUUGAACAUGAUUUUUGAAAACAACUUACGUAAUUAAAGGUUUAAUGCCAUAACCA